AUGGCCAAAGCGGCAGGCCCCUCGCCACUAGAGGACUUGGAUCUGAGCGGAGAGGAGGUCCAGCGGCUCACCUCCGCCUUCCAGGAUCCGGAGUUCCGGCGAAUGUUCUCCGAGUACGCCGAGGAGCUCACCGACCCGGAGAACCGGCGGCGCUACGAGGCGGAGAUCACCGCGCUGGAGCGUGAGCGCGGAGUGGAGGUGCGGUUCGUGCACCCGAAGCCGGGUCAUGUGCUGCGCACCAGCCUAGACGGGUCGCGGCGCUGCUUUGUGAACCUGUGCAGCAACGCGCUGGUGGGCGCGCCCAGCAGCCGGCCUGGCUCCGGGGCCGAGGCGCCCGGCAGCCACUGGUCUCUGCCUUACAGCCUGGCGCCCGGCCGCGAGUACGCGGGGCGCAGCGGCACCCGCUACACGGUCUACGAUGUGGUCUUCCACCCAGAUGCGCUCGUGCUGGCCCGGCGCCACGAGCACUUCCGCCACAUGCUGGACGCCACGGCCCUAGAGGCGGUCGAGAAGCAGUUCAGCGUGAAGCUGGAUCGCAGGAAUGCAAAGACCCUGAAGAUCAAGUACAAGGGGACCCCAGAGGCCACCGUGCUGCGCACGCCCCUGCCCGGGGGCGUCCCGUCCCGUCCCGAGGGGGAGCCGGCGGGCCCUCUCCCGGAUUUCCCCUACCCCUACCGGUACCCGGCAGCCGCCGGGAACUCUGCGGCCCCCCGGCCGCAGGCGCCCUCCCCUGCCGAGGUGGCCUUGCAGCCCGCCCCCACCGAGCCGCGCUACCGCGUAGUGCAGCGCCACCACGUGGACCUCCAGGAUUACCGCUGCUCCCGGGACUCGGCCCCGAGCCCCGUGCCCCACGAGCUGGUGGUUACCAUAGAGCUGCCGCUGCUGCGCUCGGCCGAGCAGGCGGCGCUGGAGGUGACGGGAAAGCUGCUGCUCCUUGACUCGAGGAAACCCGACUACCGGCUGCGGCUCUCGCUCCCGUAUCCGGUAGACGACAGCCGCGGCAAGGCGCAGUUCAACAAGGCCCGGAGGCAGCUGGUAGUCACGCUACCCGUCGCGCUGCCAGCCGCGCGCCGGGAGCUCGCCGCGGCCCCGGAAGAGGCCGUGGGCCGGCUCAGAACUGACGGCGCAGCCUGCGCUUCCGCUCGCGACGGGGUGGCGGGACUGGCUGGGGAUCGCACCAGGGACGGAGACCGCGAUCCCAGCCGAGCUGGGGUUACAGACGCCAGGAUCACCACCCUGGGAGCCCCCGAGGUGGAGCCUCCGCCGGCCGGCGCUGGGAAAGAACUUACCUCAGACCUGUGGGAGCAAGACUUAAGCAGGCACGCGGUGUCGCCCCCGGGCGUCGGGGAGGAGCGGUCUCCCGGAGCAGGGAGCUUCCCUGGGGACGGCCGUAGAGACCCUCCUUGUACUGCAUCCCAGGGCCUUGACUGGGAGUCUUCUGCCGGAGGAGGGGGUGCACGCGGAGAUCUCAGCGUGGAGACGGUUGUGGACCGGGAGGACACAGGCAGCGGGCCCUCUGACCGAGCCAUGGAUGGUCUCGGGACCGAGAACGGGGAGCCUUUGUGUCCUCCUUUGCAGUGUACUCAGGAUGAAGAAUCCUUGACUCUGUUGAUUCAAGUGCCUCGGAUCCAGCCGCAAAGUCUUCAAGGGGAUUUGAGCCCCCUCCGGUACAAAUUGCAUUUCUCCACAGAAUACUUACCUUAUUCCUUCGUUUUGCAAUUUGUCCCAGAGAAUAAAUUGAGUACCAAAGAACCCGUGAUUAGCAUUUCUUCAGACAAUGCAGUGAUAGAACUGGCCAAAUCUCCAGGGAGCCAUGGACAUUGGAGAGAGUGGUAUUAUGGUUUAAACAACGAUUCUUUGGAGGAAAGGUUGUUUGUCAAUGAAGAAAAUGUUAAUGAGAUUCUUGAAGAGGUCCUGAGCUCUCCAUUCAAACAGACAAUUCCCCUAAACCCACCAUUAAUUGAAGUUCUUCAGGUUACUGAUAAUAAGAUUCAAAUUCUUGCAAAGUUGCAAGAAUGUAGUAACUCUGAUCAGCUUAAAGGAAAGGAAGAAAGAGUCAAUGAAGGAAGUCACCUAACUGAAAAAGAAAAUAUAGAACAUCUUAGCACCUCUACAACUGAUUCUGAUUCAUCUAUAGCAGUUAAGUCCCUAGAAAUAGAUAGCUGUGGUUCAGUUGUAUGUGUUCAACAAGAGUCUUUUGAUGUUUCUCAAAUGCUAUUUGGAAAAUGUCAACAAACUGAAUCAAAAAUGGAACCUGAAUUUAUAAAGGAAGAAAGUGCUUUGUACUCAAAUGAGGGAAAAGAUGUUAUAACUGAAGAGAAGGAAAUAGCUGGUGAUCACCUUUCUUCAUUACCGAACAAAACUACAGUUCACAAUAUACGUGAUUUUGACAGCAUAAAAGAAACCAAUAUGCAGGAUGGUAGUGUGGAGAUUACUAAAGGUCAUGUGACUCAUUGUGCAUUCAGUUUUCAGAAUUCUUUGCUAUAUGAUUUGGAUUAAUUCUAUAUAAUUUUAGAAUUUAAGUGUUAAGAGUAAAAAAUUGGGGGACCUAAAAUAGGUUCUGUUAACCAUUCCCUUAAGACUAAAGGUAUUCAACAAAGUAUAAAAUUAAAGUUUGCUAUUUUGAUUCUAAUAGGGAAACUGAAGAUACUUAUUUUUUUGCCUCUAGAGUUAAAGCAAAGUUUCCAUAAUUAUGGAGCUAAGUUUUGUGAUUCCUCUGAUAGAUGUGUAUUUUUUCUAAAGGAGAGCUAAACAUUUAGUUUUAA